GGGAAGAAGAUCAGGGUCCGAUCGGGCAAGGAGGCGGAGCCACGCACGCACGGAGGCAAGACUCGGCGGCUUCGUCGGCGGCGGUUCAGGCCGGAGCAGGAGGUCGGCGGCGGUUCAGGUUGGAGUAGGAGGUCGGCGGCGGUUCAGGUUGGAGUAGGAGGUCGGCUUAUUCCUCUGUGCGAGAGAGGCGGCUUCGAUGCUAGGGCAAGGCGAUAGGGUCGACGUUGGCUUUGGCUGUAGGGUCGUCUGGCGAGGUUAGAGUCAAAAAAACAGAGCGGCGAAUCACAAGGAGACGGCGGCUAUGUGCGAACGAGAGGGAGAUCGGAAGAGGGCUUCGUUCUUCUGAGUUUCUUCUUUUGGUGAGGAGAAUGGCGGGAAGUGGAAGGCAGCAGAAUUUGAGGAAGUAUUUAGGAGCUAUUAAGGACUCGACUACAGUUGGGCUGGCCAAAGUGAACAGUGACUACAAGGAAUUGGAUAUUGCAAUCGUUAGGGCUACGAAUCAUGUUGAACGUCCUGCAAAGGAGAAGCACAUCAAAGCUAUAUUUUUAGCUGUUUCAGCUGCAAGACCUCGGGCAGAUGUGGCAUACUGCAUUCAUGCUCUUGCUAGGCGCCUUUUGAAGACGCACAAUUGGGCUGUUGCAUUAAAGACUUUGAUAGUUAUACAUCGUGCUUUGAGGGAGGUUGAUCCUACCUUUCGUGAGGAACUUAUCAAUUAUGGAAGAAGUAGAAGUCAUAUGCUAAACUUGUCUCAUUUCAAGGACGAUUCCAGUGCAAAUGCAUGGGACUACUCUGCAUGGGUUCGAACAUAUGCUUUAUAUUUAGAGGAAAGGCUUGAAUGUUUUCAUGUGUUGAAGUAUGAUGUUGAGACAGAUCCUCCGAGAACUCGGGAUCUUGAUACUGUUGAGUUGCUUGUGCAAUUACCUGCGCUGCAGCAACUCUUAUUUCGCCUCAUUAACUGCCAGCCACAAGGAGCAGCUGUCUACAACUUUGUAAUUCAGCUGGCACUGUCAAUGGUUUUUGCUGAGAGUAAAAAUAUCUAUAAUGCCAUUAGCAAUGGUACAAGCAAUAUGAUUGACAAGUUCUUUGAGAUGCAACGCCCUGAUGCUCUCAAGGCGCUUGAAAUAUAUCGAAGAGUGGGUCAACAGGCUGAGAGAUUGUCAGAAUUUUAUGAAGUGUCCAAAAGCAUUGAUAUUGGAUGUGGAGAAAAAAAUAUUAAAAUCGAACAGCCACCUGCGUCGUUUCUCACUGCUAUGGAGGAGUAUGUUAGAGAAGCUCCACGAGCUUCAACUGUUAGGAAGGUAGAAGAGAAAGCAUCUCCAAAAGUUAUUUUGGCCAUUGAAGAUAAGAAAGCUCCUGAAGAGCAGGAUGCCCCUCCUCCAUCUCCACCUCCUCCUAAACCAGAACCAGAAAAGGUUGCAGCUGCCCCAAUAGUGUCUGAGGAACCUGAUCUGCUGGGUUUACAUGAUACCAACCCAGAUGCAUCUGAAUUGGAUGCUAAAAAUGCCUUGGCUCUCGCAAUUGUUCCCGUUGACAAUCCAUCAACAACUACUACAUCUAUUGGUGUUUCAUCAAGUAAUGGAACCACGGGGUGGGAGCUGGCACUUGUUACCACUCCUAGCUCUAAUGAUACUACUGCAGCUUCAAGCAAACUGGCUGGAGGACUGGAUAAGCUCACAUUGGACAGUUUAUACGAUGAUGCAAUCAGAAGAGCUAACCAGCCAACAAGCUACUACAAUCCAUGGGACCAAACCCCCAUGAUGCAACAGACAGUCAUGGCUUAUGACCCAUUCUACCCAUCUAACACAGUUGCUGCGCCCCUUUCUGUCCAAAUGGCAGCCAUGGCUCAACAACAACAGUCAUUCUUGCUACAGCAGCAGCAACAGCAGAUGAUGCUUAUGAUGGGUCAGCAACAGCUCCACCCGCUAAACCCGAACCCAUUGGGAAAUCCAUAUGCUGCAGUAGGUCAACAGCCCUAUGGCUUGGGAAUGCCUCUUCAAUCAUCCAACGCUUAUACCAGCCUCAUCUAAGGCUUCGUUUGGACGACUUUCUCGCUGUUUCUUGAAGCAGCUUUUGAGUACAAAAAAUUUAAUUUUUGUACUAGAAAGCUGCUUUAAGAAGCAUCACGAAAGCCAUCCCAAACGAAGCCUAAAUGAAGCCAGAAAACCUGCUGCUUUUGAUUUUGGGAAGAAAAAAAAUAUGUUCUUGAGAGUACAUUGUAUUAAUAUAUUCAGUGAGGGGAGGGUAGCGUUAUAUGGCUUAAUUCUUUAUUCAGAAUGUAUGUAAUCUUGAAUGUUUCUCUUGUGCAGAAAAACAGUUGAUUUUGUGUUAAUUAAGAGAGAGAGAGAUGACUUGUAAUAAAUAGAUGAUUGUUUUGUAAGCAUAAAUUCUUCGUUCUACGAGUGCUGAAGGAAAGUUGGGUUCAGCUUUGUCCAA